GCUCGCCACACAUGGUCUGCACGGCCUCCCCUCCACUGCCACAGAGUGCCUGCCUGCCUCUGCCUCUGCCUCUACGUGCCUCUCUCAAUCUCUCACUUGGUCGCAUGCAAUUCGGUUCCGAAUUGCUCGAGUUCAGCGCAUCCUGUGCGGUGCAGUGAGUCUCGCGGGUUGAUUUUGCUUGGAUUCGUCUGCAAUGGCUGAGUCUAUGUCUGUUUGCGCUUCCAACAUGCGAGGCGCUUGCACAUUGUCCAGCCUUAAGGCUAUGCACAGCGCCCAUGAGAUCUUGGACGCUGGUUGUACUGUGUCGAGAGUUGCUCCUAACGGCUGCCGCAUGGUUGUCCGCGCUGCGGGCUCGCAGAAGGGGGGCGUGAACCCCGUGAAGCCUGGUACCAAUCAGCCUGGAACUCUUCAAGGGGGCGGUACCCGCUACGUCGGUGGAAAGAAGGUCAAGGCGAUUGAAGUGUUCGGUGACAAGUCAGGCAAGGUGCGCGACAAGAUCAGGGAAAGUCCCGAGGCCAUCAAGAUCCUGUCAAGAGUAGAACAAUUGAGAUUACUUUCCAAGGCUGAGAAGGCAGGUCUUCUUACCACAGUUGAGAACUUGGGAUUUUCUCUCAGCAAGAUUGAGAGCCUAGGACUUCUAUCCAAGGCAGAAGAGCUGGGAGUUCUGUCUGCUGCUACCAACCCCGCCACACCCGGCGCACUUCUCACCACCGCCCUGGCUCUUUUGCUCCUCGGCCCUGUCUUCGUGUACUUUGUGCCCGAAACUUCCACCCCUCUCAUAGUUCUUCAAGUUAUCAUCGCAGCAAUCUCUGUUGUUGGAGGCUCGGCUGCAUUCGGUGCAUCCAAUUUUGUAUCUACUUUACAAAACUCUGAGUAGAGCUUCUUCCGCUGGUCGUGUCCAGUGGGUUAAGUAUAUCAGUAGCGUACUGUACAAACAGCAACAAGUCUUUGUGGUUACAAUUUGAAAUGAAGACAUGAUCCAUCCCCUUCUGUAUGGUGUGAAUAUAUGCGCCUCAACAACUAACUUCUCCAUUUUCGUAGUAA